GAGCGGAGGACACGGAGGCCGUUAGAUGGGCGCAGACGGUGGUGGACAAAGUUGGAGGAGCAAAGCUGCCAAAUCUGAAGGGGGCUCACAGGCAGAGUGCCCCGGCACUCUGCCUGGCGAGACACUUCACGCUGCGCAAUGGACACGCGAAAGACGAUAAAGGGCAGCCUGCCACAAUCCUCACGGAUAUUGCAGCGCAUUCGGAUGCGGCGAUUCUCAUGGACAUGGAGGCGGCGAUGCCUUAUCUGGCGAGUGAAGUCAAGUGCAACCUGCCGAUGGCUCUGCUGGUGAUGGGACAUGAUUGUCGGUGCCAGAGAGAUGAUUGCAAGAGGAUCUCGGUGCCGGCUUUCGAUGCGCAGCAGCAACCUGUGAUACUUGCAGUCACAGCUCAUCAGAUGAGCGAUCACAGGAUCAGCUUCGCCCCGGCAUCCAUAAAGCAGGUGACGGUCGAGCAGACGAUCGUUUCAGCCUUUGCAAUUUACAAAGACGAGCUGGAUGAAAUUCAAUGGAACCGCAUGAAACAG